CUCAAUCAACUACUUGUCGCUCACCGUGACGGACUGCGUGCGCAGCGUGUAGUCCGGCGCGACGCCGAUCGCCUCGAGCGUCGCCGCGUCAUCAUCAAGUUUCUUGCCGCGGAAGGAGAGGUGCUGCUUCUUGGCCUCGAUAACCUUGGAAUAUGGCCUGUGUGGAAGUCACGCAGUGACUGAGGUUAUCGAGCCGACGCGGUCGCGGGGACAACGUCGCGUCGAUGGCGUGGGGUGCCUGAAAUUUGAUUCCCACGCGCCGAAGUCCGCAUGGCCUGCUCGAUCUUGGACUUGAGCUGGAGGACCUGCGCGCGUUUUCUUCGCGGUCGUCGCGGCGGGCGCGUGCGGUGCGGCUCCGUCCAAAAUCCGCGAGAGACGGCGCGACCGAGCGCGCGCGGUGUCGUCGCGACCGGGCGACGGUCCUGCGGCGCCUCAUCUCCCCCAUCGACGCGGCGGCGGGGCGUGCGGGGCUGCAGCAGCCCCUUUCUACUGUAAUGCUACGCCGCAACUGCACCGUGUCACCCAGUGUGACCUCCACCUCGUGCACGGGCCCGCUCGGGUGUUCGUAGGCAAAUAA